AUGUUCUUAGAUUCUACUCCUAGAGUACUCUCAAUUCAAAGCCAUGUUGUUCAUGGUUACGUUGGUAACAAAAGUGCAGUUUUUCCUCUUCAACUUUUAGGUUUUGAAGUUGAUGCUAUAAAUACAGUGCAGUUUUCAACACAUGGAGCCUAUCCGCACAGACAUAAAGGAACGAUACUUAAGAUUGAAGAAAUGGAUACUAUUUUUGAAGGCCUGCAAUUGAAUGGUGUUGAUUAUUAUACGCAUUUUCUGACUGGAUAUUCAAUGUCACCGGAUUCCUUGAAAAAAAUUACACAAAUCAUUAAAAAACUACGUGAGAAAAACCCAAACUUAAUAUAUGUAUGUGAUCCAGUAAUGGGUGAUAAUGGUGAAAUGUAUGUGCCAGAAGCAAUUCUACCUAUUUACAGAGACAUUGUUAUACCUUUGGCUGAUAUCAUAACCCCUAAUCAGUUUGAGGCUCAAUGGAUAACUGGUUUAGAAAUGAAAGACCUUGCUGGAGCUCUCAAGGUCAUCGAUGCAUUACAUAAUAAGGGGGCAAAAACUGUUGUACUCUCCAGUACAAUUCUAGGUGACGAAAAAAGUAUGAUCAGCAUUGCCAGUAAUAAAGCAUCUUGUUAUCAAAUCUUAAUACCAAAAAUCGAUGCAACGUUCAUCGGUACGGGAGAUUUAUUUGCGUCCUUGUUUUUGGCUUGGUCUUACAAAACAAAGAACAACUUAAAACUCACCCUUGAAAAAACUAUAGCUACACUGCAACACAUUGUGAGGGAUACUUACGAAAAAGCGAGAGCUAUACAACCAACGGGAAUUAUGUCACCAGCGCUCUUGGAAUUGAAAUUAAUUCCAAAUAAAGCAACCAUAGAAGAUCCACAGAUAAUUAUAAAAUGUAAAGAAGUAAGGCUUUGAAAAUAAACCUAUUUUAUAAGCGCA